AUGGAGGAUCCCACAAGAAGAGGGCAACAUGACUUGAAUUUGGCUUCAAGAAAGGCUGAAGAAGCAGCAUGGAGGCGAUUUCAAGCUACCCAGUGGCUAGAUUGCUUAGUUGGACCACUUGGCAUAUCUACCCAGCCCUCAGAGAGAGAAUUCAUUUCUUGCUUGAGAAAUGGUUUGAUCCUAUGCUAUGCGAUUAACAAAAUCCAACCAGGAUCAGUCCCAAAGGUUGUGGAGAUUCACCUAUCUACAAAUUCAUUAACAUGGGAUUCUCAGCCAUUGCCAGCAUAUCAAUAUUUUGAAAAUGUUAGAAAUUUUUUGGUAGCAGUUGAAGAGUUGAAACUGCCAGCUUUUGAAGCCUCUGAUCUAGAAAGGGAUAAUUUGGAGGUGGGAUCAUCAACUAAGGUGGUUGAUUGCAUUUUGGCCCUUAAAGCAUACCAUGAGUGGAAGCAGACGAGUGGGGGGAAUGGAAUUUUUAAGCCUCCAAGAUCACCCCUGGUUAUGCUGUCUGCUAGUAGGAUUCAUUCGCGAGCUCCAGGAGCAAUCUCAUCAGACCCUUGCAGGCGAUUGGAAAUGUCCGCAGUCUGUGAAGAGAGGGAAACUCAGAAACUUGAAGCUUCAAUUGUCAGCGCUCUUGCUGAAUGUAUGGUUGACAUGAAGGAAAACAUAGACAAUAACCUUCUUGCUUCCUUUCAUAAUGCAGACCAGGAUCCAGUCGAGUUGUUCAGCAGGAUCAUGUCAUCUUGUUUGGAUGAACAUCGUCAAAACAAGUUCCCUGAGUUGGAAUCGCUGUCUGGAGAUAUUUUUGGAGAAGGAAGUAGCUCACUUGCCUGUUUAACAUCUACACCUCUUGAGAAUUCAAUUUCUAUUGGAAAGCACGUGUGUUGCAGAGCUUGCUUGAAAAAGGGUAACUGCAAUCAUUGGCAUCUAUUUCAAGUGCAAGAGAAAGAACUUUCAAAUAUCAAGGAACUGUUGUCAAGCACAAAGAGGGAGUUUAAGGACUUACAGUCUCAGUUGCAAAGCGAUUUGAAACAACUGGGAAGUCAGGUACAGGAGCUUUCUACUGCAGCUCUUGGAUAUCACAAGGUUGUGAAAGAAAACAGGAACUUAUACAACAUGGUUCAGGAUUUGAAAGGAAAUAUCCAAGUUUACUGCCGAAUCAGGCCUUCCUUUAGUGCCGGAGCAAAAAAUGUGAUAGAUUUUAUUGGAGAUGAUGGUUCAUUAGUGGUUCUAGACCCUUCGAAGUCCCAUAAAGAUGGGAGGAAAGUUUUUCAAUUCAGUCGCGUGUUUGGUCCUACUGCCUCUCAAGAUGAGGUGUUUAGGGACGCUGAACCAUUAAUUAGAUCUGUGAUAGAUGGUUACAACGUAUGCAUUCUUGCUUAUGGUCAAACUGGAUCUGGUAAAACACAUACAAUGUGUGGUCCUUUUGGUGGAUCAGCUAAGGAGCCGGGAAUUAAUUAUCUAGCUCUCAAUGAUCUCUUCGAGCUGUCUAAUAGAAGGAAGGACAUUAUCAAAUACGACAUUCAUGUUCAAAUGGUCGAGAUAUAUAAUGAACAAGUACGAGACCUUCUUGUAGAAGAUUCGUCAUCAACCAAAUUAGAGAUACGGAGCUGUACUAGUGAGAGUGGCUUGAAUAUUCCUGAUGCCACAAUGCAUUCUGUGAAGUCAACUACCGAUGCUAUUAACUUGAUGAAACUUGGGGAGGUGAAUCGUUCUGUCAGUUCCACAGCCAUCAACAACCGAAGUAGUCGUUCCCACAGCAUUCUGACAGUACAUGUUCAUGGUAAAGAUGUAUCUGGAAGCAUCCUUCGUAGUUGCCUCCAUUUGGUGGACCUUGCAGGAAGUGAGCGAGUGGACAAGUCAGAAGUUACGGGAGAGGGGCUCAAGGAGGCACAGUAUAUUAAUAGAUCUCUUUCCUGUUUAGGAGAUGUGAUCACGGCAUUGGCUCAAAAGAACUCUCAUAUUCCUUACAGGAACAGCAAACUUACACUACUCCUGCAGAACUCUUUAGGAGGACAUGCAAAAACAUUGAUGUUUGCACAUGUGAGUCCUGAAGGAGAUUCUUUUGGGGAAACAAUGAGUACUUUGAAAUUUGCUCAGAGGGUAUCAACUGUUGAACUUGGUGCAGCUCGUGUGAACAAAGAGAGCAAUGAGGUUAUGGAACUCAAGGAACAGAUUGAGAACCUCAAGAAGGCAUUGGCUAACAAGGAAACCCGUUCACAGCAUAAUAAACCAAGGGAACGGACACCAUCAGAGAAGGCAAAAGAAAUGGCUGAGAACACUCCUCCACGCCCCCAAAGGUUGAACAUUGAAAAUUGCAGCAUCAUGAAAAUGGAGAAAGCAACAAAUUCUGAACACAGGAAGGGGCCCAAAACCCCAUCAGAGAAGGCUAAAGAAUUGGCUGAGAACACUCCUCCACGCCCCCAAAGGUUGAACAUUGAAAAUUGCAGCAUCAUGAAAAUGGAGAAAGCAACAAAUUCUGAACACUGGAAGGGGCCCAAAACCCCAUCAGAGAAGGCUAAAGAAUUGGCUGAGAACACUCCUCCACGCCCCCAAAGGUUGAACAUUGAAAAUUGCAGCAUCAUGAAAAUGGAGAAAGCAACAAAUUCUGAACACUGGAAGGGGCCCAAAACCCCAUCAGAGAAGGCAAAAGAAAUGGCUGAGAACAGUCCUCCACACCCCCAAAGGUUGAACAUUGAAAAUUGCAGCAUCAUGAAAAUGGAGAAAGCAACAAAUUCUGAACACUGGAAGGGGCCCAAAACCCCGUCAGAGAAGGCAAAAGAAAUGGCUGAGAACAGUCCUCCACACCCCCAAAGGUUGAACAUUGAAAAUUGCAGCAUCAUGAAAAUGGAGAAAGCAACAAAUUCUGAACACAGGAAGGGGCCAAAAACCCCACCUGUAUCAAGUCGGUCACGAAGACUAAGUUUGGAAGGUCCAAGAUAUGUAAAUAAGGAACCAGUGCAGAUUAAAAUAUCAGAAGCUGUGAGACAAGAUAUGUAUGGCCGGCUUCAAGAUGCUGAAACCGGUUCAAUGCCAAAUGGACAUAUCAAUAAUGGUGGUUCCAUAGUGGAUGUGUAUCAUCAAAGGGCUUCUCGAAGCCCUACAAGUUCGGCUUAUCAAAGUCGAGUGGUAAAACCGGCUAGUAGAAAAAAAAUUGAACCUCUUCAACUAUCCAAAACCCCUGAGCCACCGGUGCAUGGUAAAAAUGAGGUUCAAAUCGUGAUGAAAAGCGAGCUUACUUCUACAGAAUCUCGGACAUCUAGAUUGAAUAGUGGUACAAAUGGAAAAAGAUCUCAAAUAAGGAAAUCCCUUCGAACAAUUGGAAAAUUGAUUAACGGCUCUGAGAAGAGGAACCAACAGAGAGUUAUUGAAGUAGAGUCAUCUAUCAAUAGCAUAAGCAGCAUUCAAGAUGUAACGUCACCAACUCCAGCUAAUGCGAGAGGACUGAGGAGACAAUCUUUAACCGGAGUUCAAACAUCAGACAGGUCCCGGAGAUCUUCUCUUGUAGGGAACUCAACUGUCUCUUGUGCAAAUGAAACUAGGAAUGCCAAGACUCCCCCACCAGUUCGUGCUUCUUCAAAGUUGACGAGGCAGUGGCUAUAGAUUGUUUAAAAACCAAGCACAGAGGACUGUGGUGCAGUGCUUUGACUCGAAGCAUAUUGACAUGCUGACAUUUGAAUUGAAGAAAGUCUUCCUGACAACGAGCAAGAGUAGUGUCAAUUUCCAUUGACAUGUUUAUGUAUAGAGGGAAAUGGUAGAUCAGAAGCAGACAAAUUAUUUGUUGAUUGUUCACAUGAUCAAUAAUUCAUCAAUGUGAUUUUUAGUCCCAUUUUGUCUGCAAAAUAUGUGCUGGUUGAAUCAAUCAUACGCUUAUGGGCUUUUGUACAUUCCAGGUUUCAUCUCUUAACACCAGUCUAACUAA